CUGAGUGAAAUUCACCACUCUUUGCGACUCUCAUCUCCGCGUGGGCGAUUUGUUUUGAUACUGCAAUUUCCUCGUGUUUUCCCCAAUUAUCUCAGCAAAAAUGCUAUAUCUCAUCGGAUUGGGACUUGGCGAUGCUAAAGACAUCACUGUGAAAGGACUGGAGAUCGUGAGAAAGUGUGACAAAGUAUAUUUGGAGAAUUACACCUCAAUUCUCUCUUGUGGCAAGGAGAAGUUGGAAGAGUUCUAUGGCCGAGAGUUGAUCCUCGCUGACAGGGACACUGUUGAGAUGAGCGGGGAUGAGAUAAUCAGCAGUGCCAAGGAGGAAAAUGUGGCCAUGCUGGUUGUUGGAGAUCCUUUUGGGGCCACAACACACACAGAUUUCAUCCUGAGAGCGAAGGAAAGAAAUAUCCCUUGCCAAGUGAUUCACAACGCCUCCAUCAUGAAUGCUGUGGCGUGCUGUGGACUGCAGCUGUACUCCUUCGGAGAGACUGUCUCAAUUCCCUACUGGACAGACUCUUGGCGACCAGACAGUUUUUUCGAGAAGAUAUUGAAGAAUCGCCGAAUGGAACUCCACACUCUCUGCCUCCUGGACAUUCGCGUACACGAGCCCACAGUUGAGAGCCUGACAAAGAAGAAACGCGAAUACGAUCCUCCCAGAUUCAUGUCAGUCGCCGAAGCCUGUCAGCAAUUGCUGGACAUCGUGAAGGAGAAACCCGAUGAUGUUGCAGAGGAUUCACUCGUCGUGGGACUGGCCAGAGUUGGCCACGAGACUCAGGAGAUUUUCGUAAGCAGCCUCAAGGAGAUGGCAAGGAAAGAUCUCGGACCUCCGCUGCAUUCGCUCGUGAUCCCAGCUAAGAAUCUUCAUCCCCUAGAAUCGGAGUAUCUUCAGCAAUUCACCAGUAAAAAGCUCUGAAUACAAGUGUGGAAAACAUUCAUUUAAACUACU